AUGAACGGGACGCUCGUCUUGGGACAGGAGCAGGACAGCCUCGGGGGUGACUUCGAGAGCAGUCAGAUCUUCCGCGGAGACCUCGCCCAGCUGUCCAUGUGGAACCGACCGCUGCAUUCGGGAGAGAUAGGAGCCCUGGCCAAGUGUCGGUCGAGCGGUCGGGGGAACGUCUUCAGCUCCGACACGGCAGAGUUCGAAAAUUUCGGAGUGAAGGAAGAGUGGGUCGACAUUCUGGAUCUGUGCAGUAUAAUUCCUCUCUCCCUCAGGCCAGUCCAGCACAACCUGAUUCUACCCGAGACAAGGACAGUAGAGGAAUCCCUCGACAUGUGCAAGCUCCUGAACGCCACCAUCGCCGUUCCCGCCUCGCCCCUCGACAACGAGAGCCUGCAGAACGACACGAUCGCCUUCGCCGACGUCUGCCUCCCAACGGCGUCGUGGAAGGUCUGGCUCGGGAUAAGCGACGCCGAAGAAGACGGCGUCUGGAGGCGGUUCGGAUCGUCCGACAGAGUCACCUACACGAACUUCGCGCCCGUGAACGCAGCCUCGUCGUACAGCUGCGCCUCCAUGAUGGUGAACGGCUUCUGGGACGGCGAUCUGUGCACCAACAAGAGGUGCACGUCCUGCCACGUCGAGCCGGCGGAUUACUUGGUGGUGAGAGGCCUCUGCUUCGAAUCCGAGUAUCGAUCGCGGUUUCGGGUGGACGAGUACAUCGAGGGCCGCCCGUUCUUCCGUGGAUAUUACGACCUGGUGAUCGUGUGGCGGCCCGAGGUCAAGAAAUGGGUCAUGAUCAACACGGCGAGCAACAGCACGCUUCUGAGGACGUCCUCCGUUACAAAGGAUUAUCCGCUCGGAAUGCGCCAGUGGGACGUCGUCAGCGAGGUGUGCGAGGUAACGGAAGGGGAAGUCCUGAUGGUGAGUCUGUCGCACUGCUCCCCCGUGCACUUCAUGUGUCGCUCCGGCCACUGCAUCCCGAGGGAACUGCGCUGCGACUUCCGGUACGACUGUCGCGACGGUAGCGAUGAAUCGAACUGCCACGUGGUGGAAGUGUCCGACGAGCAGCAGCGUCACAUCCCUCCCUCGGGCCCCGACGGAGGGCCCCUCAGACUGAGAGCUGCGCUCGUUAUCUCGCGCAUCGCCAACAUCGACGACAUCAACAUGGCCAUCACCCUCGAGUUCCAGUUCACGCUCACCUGGACGGAUCGGCGCCUAAGGUUCCGGCACCUGAAGGACACGAAGAAUGGCACGAUUCUGACCGAGGCGGACGCGGAGAAGCUGUGGCGGCCGCGCUAUCAGCUGGUCAACCUGGAGGGCGGAGAUCAGAAGCUGCUGGCCCAAAGCUUCAUGGUCAACGGCGCCAACGACGGCACAACGCCAGACUUCAACAGCGUCGACAUGGGUAACUGGUCAUUUAAUUUUUCUUUUUCACACGCAGACACAAAGGGCACAUUUUGA